AAAAAAAUUGUCACUGUCAUUGUAGUUUUAUACUUAUCCACCCAAGAUUACUAAGUUAAUAGUGUAAUCAAUAUUCUACACGGUAUUUUCGAGAUAGAGUAAAUAAUAGUGGUAAAAAUUAGAAUUCCAUGAUUUAUUGUUAUCUUGUGAUAUCACUUAAGAUUGAGCAGUUUGGCUUCAAUCAUGGUGAAUCCGCCUCGGGCAAUUAACGAGAUUGUUCAACAGCUGCAUAAAGCCCUUUCUUCAGAAAAGAGAAAUGUUGAAGAAGUUCAGACACUUAUAGAUGAAUUCAUCAACAUAACAUUUACAAGAAAUGAAAAUGAAUAUUUUGAAAUACAUCGGAAUAUUGAACAAUUGACUAGACAUAUUUGUGACGGAAUCAUACCAUGUAAUGAAAUCCUUACAUCAAAAGCUUCAAGCUUACUACACAAGUUAUUCACUAAGACAAAUCAUGAGUUUUCUGAAGAACUCUGGGAAAUCUUAACAGUGUGGCGUAUUGUAAGCAUUCAAUUCUGUUCAGGAAAUGUCCUAACAGAUGUUCUCUUUCAUACACAUGACAGUUUACCAAAAAGGACAUAUCUUUUAGCAAAGCAUGCUGAAUCAUUACUAGGCUCUGAGGGUUUGUUUAUAAAAAUUCUUAAAGACCUUAUAAGUAACCAAGAGAACUGGAAUAUUGAUGUUGUGAAAACACCUGUACUACUAGUAAGAAUAAUAUCACAUCUAACAGUAUAUUUACAUCAAAAUCCUAAGCAAUAUACAGCAAAUAUAAAUAAACAACUCAUUGUUGAAACACUUAUGGAAUUUCUUAUGAAUGGUGUGCCAAAGGAAUGUGAUUUUUUCUAUAAUAUGGCACUGGAACCGGCUCUACGGACUUUAUGUCAUCUAUUGUAUCACAAUCCAGAUUUGCAUUUUCCAUUAUCAGAUGCCAUUAGCAUAGCCCGCCACUUUAUUCUUUAUGGCUUGAGUAUUAGAUACACUAAACCUGACAAAUUGACACCAAUAGAACAUGCUAAUGUUAUAGAACCAGUGAAAAUUACCCCAAAUGCAGGAAAGAAACAAAAACUACGAAAGCCAAGAAAUAAUGCUAUUGAAAACUUAAAAAAAGAAGCAUCGGACCCCAGUGUCAUGAAGGAUGUAGACCAGUUCAACACUGACUCUGCUUAUGAGCCGAUAAAUAAAAAAUUCUUAGACCCACCGCAAUUUGUUGAAUGUGCUGAAACCUGUACCAACUUUAGUUUCGAUUUGAAAUACAGACCUGAAGUGAUUGAUUUCAAGACUGUAAUAAGACAAUAUGCUGCAAAAUUAUUUUUGGUUAUUAUCAAGAUUAAAGGUAAAAGAGAAAUCUUUCCAUAUUGGUGGAAGUUUAUGCCCAAUAAUUGUGAACCUGAAUAUUGGUUCAACACUGAAAAUGGAAAGAAGUCACUCAUCUUCUGCGCUAUAUCUGAUCCAUCACCUAAAGGUCGAACCGGUGCUUUAGGAGUUGUACUGACAUUACUAUCCGGCUCAAGGCCAUACUUAGCACAAGCCGAAACAAGUACCAGAGUUAAUGAAUCAGUUGUACCAUUCCCAGUCACCUUGGGAUAUAUGUUAACCUGCAUACACAUUGGGCUUAUUAAUGUUCUGACAAUAGAGAAAUGCGAGAGUGUGACUAUAAUGGCCUUGAAAUGCACCGCCGCAUUGGCUCAGGCCACACCUUACCAUAAACUACAGCCGGGACUGAUUGAAGCUUUGAUUAAAUGCACAAAGACAUUUCUUAAGCGAAAAGAUAUAAAUAUUCAACUUGGUUCAUUAGUGGCGAUUGGAUCCAUGAUAUCAGUGGAUCCUAAAGUCGAUGAGAUACUAAGAGUUUUGAGGGAUGAAGAACCAGGUGGUAAUCCGGAGGAUGCAAAAGCUGUAGUGCCAAAUGGACAUAACUGCGCUGACUUUGAAGAAUCCUAUCCAGAUGAGGAUGUAGUGGUGACCAUAGAGAGACAACCACAUUUGCUUAAAGAGAAGUAUGAAGAAUCUUUGCGGGUCACUAGUUGGGUUAUUGGUGUGUGUUUCAAAAAUUUCGGCAUCGUGUUUCAUAAAGGUCAAAUUAUGAAUUGCUCGCUGCCUCCAGUACCAGUAAUACUGGAAACAUUACAAGUACUGUCAGCUAUCGCUUUCCAUUAUUUAGGAGAGUUAUUGAGACCGCAUUUAGUUAUGAUGACUGAAUUGUUGAGUGAUUUAUUGCGGAUCAACCACCCUGACUUGACUCUACAGUGUGCAAAAACUAUCAGUGUUAUUGCUGACGGCAUGCAGAAGUUGGAGCGCACAGAGCUCGCUCUAUCGAUACAGGAGAAUCUGUGCGUGUGGGAGAAACUACUCAAUCCAUUAUGCCGCGUGCUUCAGUCGCAAGAGAACCCAAAUGCGAAAGCUGUUGUCUGCGAUUGCAUCGCCAACAUCGGAGAGAAAUGUUUCAAAGAAAUGAUGCGGCCGCAGCAGAUGUUGUGCUGCGCGCUGCUGAUGGGCUCGUGCUGCGACAGUCACCCCGCAGUGCGCGCCGCCGCAGUACGCGCGCUGGCCAUGGCCGUCAUGUACCGCACGCUUAGAGAGGACAUCUGUUUCGUGAGCGAUUGCGCGGAGAACAUCCUGCGUGCGCUGGAGGAGCCCACGCUGCAAGUCCGCACCAAGGCCGCCUGGGCACUCGCCAACCUCAGCGACGCGCUCGUCCUCAAUAUGGAGGUGCCGGAGCUGGACCGCAUCAGCGAUGACCUGCUGGUGCGUCUGAUGGAGGCCAGUGUCUUCAGCGCUAUAGACAAUGACAAAGUGAAAAUGAAUGCGAUGCGUGCUAUAGGCAAUUUAUUGCGUAUACUAACUCGUGAAAACUUGGAGCAAAACCUGACUCUGAAGCCGUUGUUCGAGACCGCCAUCACCCGGCUGAUGGGAUGCGCGACUCAUGUCGCCAGCAUGAAGGUCCGCUGGAACGCAUGCUAUGCCCUCGGAAAUGUUUUGAAGAAUGAAUACCUUUAUACAUGCUUUCAAGGAUGGCAGGCGGAAGUGCUCCAGACGCUGUGCAAGUUGGCGCAGAUUUCAAAGAACAUAAAGGUGCGUAUAACGGCCGCGGUGGCGCUGCGGUCGUGUGCGCGGCGCUGGCAGGUGGGGGAGCAGCUCCCCGCUCUGUGGCGAGGACUUGCUGAGGCACUCGACAGUGCAGCGCAUCUUGAUGACUUCUCUGAGUACAAGCACAAGGACAAUCUUGCUGAACAGUUAUGUGUGACUAUAUCUCAUAUAUGCUGCCUCCUGCAACCAUCAGAUCUCGCCGACAUACUAGACCCGCUCACGUAUCACGGCGAGACAGCAAAGAGGAUGUUUGCGGAAGUCUACCACAAACUACUGCCUGAAGAUAUAUCCUGUUUUAAAAUACUACAAGCCUCUAAAUACGUGAACAUGGAUCUAGUUCCGCAAAACGAAUUACAAGCGCGAGCUUUGAAUUUGCUGAAAAAUAUGUUUUUAUUAGAAUUGUAAAUGGCUACACUUGAAAAAAGUAGUUGCAUGACUAUAUUGUUCGGAAGAAAAUCCGGAAAUGAGCCUGUGUAUUGACUCAACACUAGCCUUACUAAAAUGUCGACGUUUGUGUCCCCUCACAUUCAUUCUGACACUAGACUUUGUAACGAAAGCACGUCAUUCGCGCCAAAGGAUUGUAAUUAAUAAUGUCUAAAAAUAUUAAAUCCCUUAGUAUUCAACAUUUCAACAACUUUCAUCAUUUCAAGAACUUAGAAUUUAAUUAUAUAGGCUAAUUCUAUACGUCACACUUGCAGUUGUACAUGUGACAUAUUGUUAUCUCUGUUUUGUCAAAGGGAAUGAAAGGGAUGGUAUUAUGUAAAAUGUCACUGUAGUGAUGUUUUACAGUAAAUAUGAACUUUGUGUAGUUAUUAGAUUUGUAUCUUUAAAUGUUUAACCUUCAAAUGUUCCGUCUUUAUUAGAUAAUAUAAAGAUAAAUAUUUAUUUUACAUUUUUUCGUUCUGGUAAUUUAUUUAUUUUUUUCCAUAUAAAAAUAAAUUAUUAAUAAUAAUGUCAUCGUAUUGUUUUAGCAGUGUAUUAUUUGUAAAUAAAUAAAUUUGUAAGCAUUGAUGUACAAGAAGAUUUAAUGCACAACAAUAAUGAAUACUUUCAGAAAAAUAGAGCAAAUCAUUGAAUUGUGUCUUAUACCAAAACUUAACAAGAACUAUGAUGAAUGCAUAAAUCAUUCAGCAUUUGGUAUUCGCAAUAAAAACUUGGAUAAAAACUUUUACCUACUCCUAAAACAACUGGAGGCUAUUAAUUUCAGGAACUGUAAUAAUCCCGAAUCAGUUAUAUAACAACUAUUGAUAUUGUUUUUUGAGCUAUCAAGUAAAAACACGUGGGACGAAGCAAACUGUUUGAGAUACAUGCAGGUUGCAGCCCAAUGGAUCUUAAUCUCAUAACUUAUAACAUUUUACUGUAAUUAUUUGUU